GCCAGGACCACCUGCAUGGGCCGGUAGUUCUUCACACGGCCCGACGAGUUGACGUAGACGUAAGGGAUGGCCGCCGACCCGCCCUCGUCGACGCUGGAGGGUGAGUCGGGGAAGAGAGAAGAAUCAUAAUCUAUUCAUUGUCCGGUGAAGGGAAAUUGGUGUUGCGGCAAGAAUACACAAAAAACACAAGCAGACUGAGAUGCUCAUCAACCAGCUGAGGGAGAUCACCGGCAUCCAGGAUCCACAGAUCCUCUGCAGAGCGUUGAAAGCCUGUCGGGGUGACAUCGGACACGCCGUCGGACUGCUGACAAGUCAGCCGACGGAGGCCGGGGAUGCCGGAGAACCGCGAGAGUCCGGGACACCCGCAGGGGCCUGGGAAGGACAAAAAGGUGUUCAUGAUGAGCUGCAAACGGCCAUCGAGCUGAGCCUGCAGGAGUCCCAGAAGGUUCAGGAAGAGGAGAAAGAGCUCCACCGUGCUCUGGAGGCCAGCGCCGAGGAGAACUCAGCGAGGAGUAAGAGGAAGCGGUGCGAGGCCCAGAGCGACAUGAGCAGCCCCGCGGACUGGAUCCGCAAGGAAGACUGGCCCGUCGGCAUUCGCAACGUGGGCAACACCUGCUGGUUCAGCGCCGUCAUCCAGUCGCUCUUCCACCUGCCUGUGUUUAAAAGGCUGGUACUCAACUACCGUCUGUCGGAGCAAAUCCUGAACAGGUGUAAGAGCCACGCGGACAAGAGGAACAUCGCCUUCAUGCAGGAGCUGCGCUGCCUCUUCGCCCUCAUGGUGGGCUCCACGCGCAGGUUCGUCGACCCCUCUGCUGCCGUAGAGUUACUGCGAGAGGCCUUUAGGACCAGCGAGGCCCAGCAGGACGUGAGCGAGUUCUCCCACAAACUGCUCGACUGGCUCGAAGACGCCUUUCAGCUGGCGGCCAAUGGAGACAACGCAGCAGACAAACAACACAACCCCAUGGUCCAGCUUUUCUAUGGCACCUUUGUGACCGAGCGGAAGCACGAGGGUCAGGUCUCAUAUAACAUUGAGCAGUUCGGCCAGUACCCUUUACAAGUGAACGGCUUCAACAACCUGGAUGAGUGCCUGGAAGGCGCCAUGGUGGAGAGGGAGAUCGAGUCACUCCACGCGGAGCACAGCGCUCCACCUGGUCGAGAGAGAUGGUUCAAAAAGCUGCCACCCGUUUUGACGUUCGAGCUGUCCAGAUUUGAGUUCAACACGCAGCUGGGCCGCCCGGAGAAGAUACACAAGAAGCUGGAGUUUCCACAAAUCAUCUACAUGGACAGAUAUCUUCACAAAAACCUGACGUGCACACAUGAGAGGAGAGGAGAAGUGAAAAAACUGAAGGAGCAGCUUGCAGCUCUUCAACAGAAACUGGAAUGCUACAAAAAAUACGGCUCGGGACCCAACAAGUUCCCUCUUGCGGACAUGCUGCAAUUUGUCUUAGAAUUCGCCUCGACCAAGCCCUCCGCCGUUUCCCCUGCCGAAGACGCCCGGCCACCUUCGGCUUCACCCCCUCCUCCCUGCCACCCGCUCAGCGAGGCGGCCGCCCGAGAGGACAGUGAGCCAGCAGAUGCAGCAGAAGAAGAGGAGGGUCUGGUGUCCAGCUGCCAGCGUACCCCAAUAUACAAACCCUUCACCCAGUGCCGACACACCGCCGACUGCCCACCCCAUCCGGCCCCCCACAGCAUCACCGAGGAGGAGGUGCACUUUGUCAAAGGCUGUCUCCAGCGAUGGAGGACGGAAGUGGAGAACGACAUCAGCGAGCUAAAGGCCAACAUUGACAGGCUUACUCAGACGCUGGAGGGCAUGUACUCAGACAACAGCCUCUGCCAGGUACCCUACAGACUUCACGCCGUGCUGGUCCACGAGGGCCAGGCCUCGGCAGGCCACUACUGGGCGUACAUUUACAACCACGCCAACCGGCGCUGGAUGAAGUACAAUGACAUCAGUAUCACCGAGUCCUCGUGGGAGGAGCUGGAGCGAGACUCUUUUGGCGGCAUGACCAACGCCAGCGCCUACUGCCUGAUGUACAUCGAUGACAGGCUACCCCAUCUUAUUACUGAAGACACAGAUGACGAGACGGGCCAGGUGCUGCACGGCAUGGACUCGCUGCCCCCCGUCCUGAGGCGCUACGUGCACCAGGACAACCGCUGGUUCCAGCAGGAGCUCAGCGAGUGGGAGGAGCAGCUAUGCCAGGCGGCGGCAGCGGCGGCGGCGGCGCCUCAGGGCGAGUCCACGCUUUCUUCCGCCGAGCCGCCCGACGCCGGCGCGGCUCACGACGCUCAGCCCUCGGCGCCCGUUGAGCCGGUGCCGCAGACGGGACCCCAGCAGACCGAGGAGUCGAGCCAGAGAGCUGCUGCUUCGGAACCAGAAGGUGAAGCCCAAAAAGAGACAGAGCCAGAAUCUGGAGAACCCCCAGAAGAAUCCGGGGUAUCACCACCCCCUCAGAGUUCUGACUGCCAGGCAGACGACGGCGAGCCCUCCAAAAGCGACGCCCCGGGGUCCUACCAGCGCGACGACGACACCCUCGCAGCCGAAAAGGAGCCUGAAAGCCAGGCACCCGCUCCCGAAGUUGAGCUCAGCACUAACCCGUCACCGUCAGAUCUCUCGGUGACGAAGGAAGAGCCAAAGAUGGAGGAGGGCGAAGAGGGAAAAGAAGAAGCGCAAGGCGACGCUGAGGCCUCCUCCGAGGAACCUCCUCAGCACGAGGCGGAUCGGGUGGACGAGGAGCCGGAGGAGCACAGGGUGCCCGCCAGACGGCGGCAGCCCGAGAACGAAGUGUCCGAGGUAGAGAUCCCCAACGUCGGCAGGAUCAUGGUGAGGGCAGACGCUGACGGAUACAAUGAAGAGAUGAUGUUGACUCCAGCCAUGCAGGGGAUCAUCCUCGCCAUUGCGAAGGCCAGACAGGCAUUUGACUCCGAGGGCCCUGAGGCAGGACUCAUCAAGGCUUUCCACGAGGAGUACUCCCGCUUGUACGAGCUCUCCCAGGAAGAGGCCACGCCGCGGGAGGACGCACGUCUGCAGCACGCUCUGGUUUACUUCUUCCAGAACAAAGCACCCAAACGCGUCAUCGAGAGAACGCUGCUCGAGCAGUUCACUGACCGCAACCUCAGCUUCGAUGACAGAGCCAUCAGCAUCAUGAGGGAAGCCCGAGCCAAACUGCGCCUCAUCAAGCCAGAGGACAUGGACAUGGAUGAGUACCUGCAGUGGCAUGACGACUACAGAACGUUUCGAACCGUCUUUGUCUACCUCCUGACCGGAUUGGAGCACUACCAGCACGGCAAGAUGCGCGAGGCCCUGACCUACCUGGCCCACGCCUACGACGCCAACGCCGCCCUGCUGAGGAGCGGAGAGAAGCGCGGCGUGGACACGUCUCUGAUUGCGUUGUACAGGAGAAAGUGUCUCACGACCCUGAACGAAAGCGCGACGCGGCUCUUCGCCAGCGGCGACGAGUGCAAGGUGGAGGAGGGCGUGGGCAUCAUGGACGAGGUGGUCAUCCCCUGCCUGCACCUGAUGAGUCGCGAGGUGCCGCCGUCGCAGGAGGACCGUGACACCAUGGAAAGCAUCCGCAGCCAGUGGUGUUGCUGUCUGGGGCAAGAUAUGGAUGACUCGCUGCAGAUGAAACUAGGAGAGUUCCUGCCCCGCGUGCUGGACUGCUCGGCCGAGACGGCGGUCCUCAAAGACCCCCCUAAGGUCCACGUGAACCAAGCGCACGACCUGUGCAGCCGCCUGGCCGCCGUCAUGGAGUCCAUCCGCAACACCGCCGUGGUCGCCGUCAAGUAACGUCGGUCACCGGACUUUUUUUUUUAUUUUAUUUUAUCCACGCGUGAUGGCCGACGGACUUCCGGGUUUGAACUCGUGUGACGUUUCCUGUUCACAUGUCGCCAUCCGCAUUAGCAUCAGCCGGUUGAACGUAGCGGGGCAGCCGUUUUGACCCGGAUUAGUACGAGGGGAUGGGUGGAUAACGAAUUGAUCGAUUGGCGAGUCGUCGCGUCUUCAGGCACUUAAUCGAGCGUUCAUUUUCUCGAUUAAUCAAUCGAGGAAAUGUAGUUGAAUUCCCAUCCCCUAGCACACACAUUUUAGCAAGCUCCACCCACUUUUAAGUGUCACGCACAGUAUUGUUCCUGGCGAGAACUUGCAGGAAGUGACACGGGUAAAAUGUCACGUUUGUCCUCAGACAAAUCCUGCUGAUUUACCUUUGUUGUUGUUUUUUUUAAUGUUUUGUUUUUUUUAUGACUUUCUAUUUUUCCAGCGCAGACUUUGGUACAUUGAAAGUCAAAACGUAAACAGAGCGACGGAGAGAUGCGAUAGAUAAGAAGAACGUGCAAUAGGCUUCUUAACGAGAGGCCCGUUUUUAACCAACCUUCUGGGGGUUCCGUUGAUCCUCACGGAGCAAACACUGUGCUUUAAUCCCUGUAUGUAAAAAAAAAAAAAAAAAAAAAAAAAAGUGUAUUUGGCAUAAUUUUUGACAUGAACCCUUCCCCCAGUUUUGGGUGAAUAAACCUUCUCAAAUGAGAUUUUGAAGUGCAAGAACAAUUCAUUUCUAUCUUGUGUGCCACCGUAAUCCCCGUCGCCUUUACUCAAUAAAUGAUAUACAUUUUCUGUUCUCGUUGCAAAUUAUUUCACCCCAUCUUUAUACGUAGAGUUUAUC